AUGCCAUCCCGUGAAAAUGGUCUUUCUGGCUCUGCUCCUAAUACCGGGGGCCAGCUUAAUGAUGCUAGUACGACAUUCUCCCCCAUCGCGAUAUGUGGAAUGGCCCUUCGACUCCCCGGUGGACUGGGGAGUCCGCAAGACCUCUGGGACUUCUUGAUAGCCAAAGGCGAUGCGCGGUCACGGGUCCCUGAGUCACGAUACAAUGUAUCGGCCUUCCACUCCCCAUCCAAGCGACCAGGCACGGUGGUGACCGAGUACGGCUAUUUCCUCGACGAGAGCAUCAAGCUCGGUGCGCUGGAUGCGUCCCGCUUCUCACUCAGUCGGGCUGAGCUAGAGGCCGCCGAUCCUCAGCAGCGCCAGAUGCUGGAGGUGGUGAGAGAGUGUUUCGACGACGCGGGGGAAGUCAACUUCCGUGCCCAGCCCAUUGGCUGCUACAUGGGGUGUUACGGGGAGGACUGGCUGGAGUUGCAAAACAAAGACCCCCAGCAAAAUGGCAUGAACCGGGUGGAUGGAUAUAGUGACUUCAUGCUGUCGAAUCGGGUCUCAUAUGAAAUGGACCUGCGCGGGCCCAGUAUAACCAUCCGCACCGCGUGCUCGUCUGCGUUAGUGGGGCUAAAUGAAGCGUGUCUAGCCCUCCAACGAGGGGACUGCGACGCCGCUGUCGUUGGGGGGUCGAGCUUGAUCUUUGCGCCAGCCGCAACGGCGUUUAUGACCGAGAAGGGGGUUCUGUCCCCCGACGGGUCCUGCAAGACCUUCUCGGCGGAUGCGAACGGCUACGCGAGAGGCGAGGCCAUCACCGCCGUGUUCGUCAAGCCUCUGGCCGCAGCCCUUCGCGACGGGAAUCCCAUCCGGGCGGUGAUCCGGUCCGUCAUGUCCAACAGCGAUGGGAAAACACCGGGCAUCGCCCACCCCAGCACCGACAGCCAGGAGACUCUGAUCCGGAAAGCGUACCGGGCUGCUGGCAUUACGAACAUGGCCGAGACAGCCUUCGUCGAGUGCCACGGCACGGGCACCCCGACAGGCGACCCGGUCGAAACGCUGGCCGUUGCGCGGGUCUUUGGCGAUGCAGGCGUGUAUAUUGGAUCGGUCAAGCCCAACCUAGGCCAUUCCGAGGGCGCGUCCGGGCUAACAUCCCUAAUAAAGGGUGUCCUCGCCUUGGAGAAUCGCAUCAUCCCUCCCAAUAUCAAGUUCACUGCCCCCAACCCGAAGAUCCCAUUCGAGGCCUGCAAACUAACGGUGCCCCUCGACCCAACGCCGUGGCCGGAAUCGCGAUGGGAGCGGGUCAGCAUCAACUCGUUUGGCGUGGGAGGAUCCAACGCGCAUCUAAUCCUCGACUCUGCUCGUAGCUUCCAGAUUCCAAACCCGACGCCGGACGAUUUCCUUGCCGGCCCCCAGCUGCUGCUUCUCUCCGCCAGCGUGGCUGGAUCGCUGCAACGGAUGACCGAAACCUUCGAGAACUGGGUCCCGCAACACCAGGACCAGCUGUGUGAUCUGGCCUACACCCUAGCUACCCGCCGAGAGCAUCUCCCGCAUCGAUCCUUCCUGAUUGCCGGUCCAGACCGAAUUGUCACCCCAUCGCCCGGCCGGAAGGUUCCCACCUCCGCGCCCAGCCUCGCCAUGGUCUUCACCGGUCAAGGCGCACAAUGGGCACGCAUGGGACGGGACCUCCUCCUGCGCUCCGACUUUUCGUUCCAGAACACCAUCCGGGCGCUGGACAAAUACCUGAAAGCAGCCCCGAACGGUCCCGAGUGGCGAUUGGAGGAAGAGCUCCUCAAGCCGGCCCUGACGUCCCGAGUCCAGACGGCCGAGCUCUCGCAGCCCCUUUGCACAGCCGUCCAAAUCGGCUUGGUGGAUCUCUUCGCCGCAGUCGGAGUCACCCCGGCGGCGGUGGUUGGCCACAGUAGCGGAGAGAUUGGAGCUGCCUACGCUGCGGGAGCCUUGACCGCGCGGGAGGCCAUCAUUGCAGCCUGGCAGCGAGGUCUGGCCGCUGCAGGGCAAACCCGCCCUGGCGCCAUGGCGGCAAUAGGGCUAGGCUGGGAGGAGGUCCAGAGCUUUCUCUCACCUCCCACUGUUGUAGUCGCCUGUGAGAAUUCCCCCAAGAGCGUCACUCUCUCCGGAGACACCCAGGAGGUGCAAGCCGCGGUUGCACGGAUCAAAAAGGAGCAUCCCACGGUCACGGCUCGGCUUCUCAAAGUUGAUAAGGCCUAUCAUUCCUACCACAUGCGCGAGGUCGGAACCAACUACUCAACCACUAUCGGCCGCGACCUGGUUGGGAGGCGACCCGGGAAGCUGUUCUUCUCCAGCGUCACCGGCAAGCAGGAACAGGAUCUGCCUCUGGACGCGGCCUACUGGCAACGCAACCUGGAAUCCCCCGUGCUUUUCCGGGCCGCGGUCUCCGAGCUCCUAGAUCAUGUCGACAAUGUCGCCUUUCUGGAGAUCGGGCCACAUGCCGCGCUCGCAGGGCCCGUGAGACAGAUCCUGACUGCUCGAGCGUCUUCGAACUCGGCCCCAUACAUCGCGGCGAUGAGCCGCGGUGAGAAUUGCGUGGAGUCGUUCCUGACAGCGCUCGGAAAGCUCUUCCAGCUGAACUUUCCGGUCAAUCUGAAUGCCCUCUACCCCUCGGGAUCCUGCUUGCCCGGACUGCCUCGGUACCCCUGGGACCAUGGGGUCGACUACUGGCGCGAGUCCCGCAUCUCCCGCGACUGGAGAUUCCGCCAGUUUGCCAGCCAUCCGCUUCUCGGCGAUCGUCAGCUGCUCGGCACUGAUCUGGAGCCGAGCUGGAGAAACAUGAUGCGGGUUGAGGACUCUGGCUGGCUGCGAGAUCACAAAGUCGAGGUGGAUAUCAUUCUGCCGUGUGCGGGCUAUCUGUCAAUGAUCGGAGAGGCGAUCCGACAGAUCAGCGGAUCACAGGGGAGCUACACCUUGCGAGGCGUGGUGAUCAGUUCGGCCCUAGUGCUGCGCGAGGGAACACCCACUGAGGUAAUAACGACCUUCCAUCCCCAUCGGCUAACCGAUUCGCUAGAUAGUCAAUGGUGGGAGUUUACCAUCGCCUCGUACAACGGUCAGACGUGGACCAAGCACUGCACUGGUCAGGCCUCGGGGACGGCGGCGGAGGAAGGGCAGACGCAGACGGCCGCCCUCAGGGAUCCCCUGCCGCGAAAGUUGCAAUCUAAGAAGUACUACGACCUCAUGGACCGUGCCGGCUUGAACUUCGGGCCGAUGUUCAAGCGCCUGACCAAUAUUGAAACGGGCACUCAGGAGAGGUUGGCAAGAGCGAAGGUGACCACGGACCAAGCGGGAGAUGAAAUGUACUAUCACCUCCAUCCCACUAUCAUUGACGCCUGUAUUCAGGCGGCUCCUCUUGCUGGCCUCCUGGGCACUGUGGACGCCAAGGCAUACCGACGAGUGCCCACCAAGAUCGACCGGGUGAUAGUCCGGCAAACCCCCACCAGGGUAGAUGACCUGCAGGUGUCCGCCUCAGCCACGUGUGUCAAAGGCACCGGGGAAGUGAUUGGGCAGGUCCAGCAAUGCAUCGCAGAUGGUACCAUUGUCAUGCACAUGGAAGGCUUGAAGCUUUCGCCUCUCGAAGAGGCCGGCGAGGCAGGAAAGACCGACGGCCUUGAAACCACCGCCCGCCUGACAUGGGGACCGCAUAUCGACUUCUUGGACGCCACCACGCUGAUCAAGCCGUCGUUUCCUCGGCAUCUGUACACGCCGGCUUUGGACGAGCUGGCUCGGCUAGGUAUGAUCUACGGCAGUCGGCGCAUCAAAGAUGCUAGCACGCCGGUGGCGCAUAUGCCCCUGUAUCGCGACUGGAUGAACCGCCAGGUGGAAGCAAUGCGGCUUGACGAAAAAUGGUCCACCUUCCUCGCCCUUGAGGAUGAGGCCCUUGUGAAGAGGAUCGAGCGACUGGUGCAACACCUGUCCGAGACGCCCGUCGUCGACUGCGCCAUCGGCCUCCAGAAAGUAGCCACCAACAUCGCGGCGCUCUUCACCGGAGAAACAGAAGCCCUCGAUAUCCUUCUCGCGGAUGACACCUUGUAUAAGCUCUAUGUCGUCACCGACGCGUGUGACCGGUCCCAAUUCAUCCAACACCUAGCCCAUACUAAGCCCAACCUGCGAAUCCUGGAGAUCGGAGCCGGGACGGGCGCGACAACGGCGAGCAUUCUGAAGCUGCUACGCCUGCCCGGCUCGACUGGCACCAGCUCCACACCCUCCCUUUUCUCCAAGUACACGUACACGGAUAUUUCCUCGGGCUUCUUUGUGACGGCCAAGGAGCGGUUCAGUGGGGAGAGCAACAUUGAGUAUCGCACCCUGGACAUCAGCAAAGACCCGUCCGAGCAGGGGUUCGAUGGGGAGAAGUACGAUCUGAUCCUCGCGACCAACGUUCUGCAUGCAACAAAAUACCUCGGUGAAACCCUCCGAAAUGUCCACAAGCUCCUCGACCCGAACGGACGACUGCUCCUUCACGAGCUGAACUCCCCCUCCAAGUGGCCCAACUUCAUCUUCGGCACGCUGGCAGGCUGGUGGUACGGUGGGCCGGAUGGAAGACCGGACGAGCCUUGUGUAUCCCCGGCUCGCUGGGAGUUGGAGCUGAAAGACGCCGGUUUCGCCGGCUUGGAUGCGGUGGUGCUUGACGGCGAGCAGCCGCAUCAGCUGAACGCCAUCAUGGUGGCCAAGCCACGGGUCGAUGAUGGUACAGACCAGAAGAGAACUGUCAGUUUGCUCUGUGACCCCAGUGAUGACAGCUAUGCGGACUCCUUGUCGUGCCAACUUGUCAACCGAGGCUACGAGGUGCAGACAUUCCGGCUCGGGGACGAACUGCCCCAGUCCCAGGACAUCAUCUCCCUCCUCGACUGCACUCGCCCAUUCUUUGAAGACAUCGAUGCGGCUCGUUUCGCAGCCUUCCAGCACCUUCUGAAUACCGUCAUCGGCGCCGCACGCUCCAUUCGCUCAGAGAUGCUGGUGGACUUUGCGACGUGUGAAGUAGAUGACAUUCGUUCAUCGCUGGACAAGAUUAUCGACGUCUAUGCCAAAUUCCAUACCCGAGCGAAGGACGAAUCUUUGAAUCCGGAUUAUGAGUAUACCAUUGUGGGUGGGACCGUCUCUGUGGGACGGAUCUUCCCCUUCUCGCUCAAGGAUGACCUCGCCGUUGUGAACGAGCCAGACGACUGGGUUGCUCUUGACAUGGAGAAGCCCAGCCGCCUAAGCUCUUUGCACUGGAAGGCUUCGAAAGGAAGACCCCUGGCUGGGGACGAAGUCGAGGUGGAGAUCUACGCAGCCGGCCUGAACUUCAAGGAUGUCUUGGGCGCAUUGGCUGUGGUUCCGUUUCCCGACAAUGGCCUGGGCGUCGAAGCCAGCGGAAUCGUUCGCCAUGUGGGCCCCGACGUCAAGCGGCUGUGUCCCGGAGACCGGGUCAUGCUGCGCGAAGAUGGCACUUUCGCAACCCAUGCCAUUGCCUCCGAGAAGCUCUGUGCGAAGAUCCCCUCGGACCUCUCCUUCGAAGACGCAGCAACCAUGCCGGUCGUGUUUGCUACCGCCAUCUACUCGAUGUUCGAUCUGGGCGGAUUACAGGAAGGACAGUCGAUCCUGAUCCACAGUGCAUGCGGUGGCGUGGGGAUCGCCGCCAUCCAGCUGGCCCGCAUGGCAGGUGCCACCAUUUAUGCCACGGUAGGCAGUGAGGAGAAGGUACAAUACCUGAUGGAAACAUAUGGGUUGCCGAGAAAUCGCAUCUUCAACUCCCAUGACUCAAGCUUUGUGGAAGGUGUGAUGCGCGAAACCCAAGGCCAGGGAGUCGAUCUGGCUCUGAACUCCCUCUCCGGCGAGCUGUUACACGCGACCUGGCUAUGCCUCGCUGAGUUCGGGAAGAUGGUGGACAUCGGUAAGCGUGACAUGCUUGGGGCCGCUCGGCUCGACAUGGGCCACUUCCUGGGCAGCCGCACGUAUUCCUGCUUUUACUUAGACUUGCUGCGAGACAAGCGGCCAUUGGAGUGCAAACGACUUCUCGAACUGAUCAUGACGUACUUCCGAGCCGGUCAUAUCACACCCAUCAGGCCCAUUACAACGUUCGAUGCCUCGGCUAUGGAGGAUGCGUUCCGACACAUGCAACAAGGAACCCAUCUCGGCAAACUGGUCAUCCUCUUGCGAAACGCGGAUGGCAGCCCCAAGAUCGACCCGACAUUAGUGAAAACUGCCACGAGCCUCGACUUGGAUAGCACCGCAUCCUACCUCAUGAUCGGUGGUCUGGGUGGUCUCGGACGCGCCGUUUCGCGGCGUCUCGUGGAGCACAAGGCCCGCCGUCUGGUCUUCCUUUCGCGGAGCGCGGGCCAGGGUCCGAACGAUAACGACUUCGUCCGGGAGCUUGAGAGCAUGGGAUGCGACGUUCGCCUCGUCCAGGGCAGCGUCACCAACGAAGCUGAUGUCAAACGAGCCAUCCAGCAAGCACCCAACCUGAAAGGCGUACUCCAACUGUCCAUGGUCCUCCGAGACCAAGCGUUCCCCCAUAUGACGCUGGCCGAAUGGAACACCGCGGUUGCGCCCAAGAUCCAAGGAACAUGGCACCUCCACAACGCCACCCAGGCCGCCGGGAUCACCCUCGACUUCUUCGUGCUCUUCUCAUCCACGUCCGGUGUGCUGGGUCUGCCCGGCCAGGCCAACUACGCCGGAGCAAAUACUUUCCUGGACGCCUUCGUCCAGUACCGGACCAGACUGGGGCUGGCCGCCUCCGCGGUCGAUAUCGGCGCGGUCCAGGACAUCGGCUAUGUGGCGGAGGACGACGCCCUGCUCCAGCGCCUGAAGCAGACGGGUGCGCACCAUCUUACCGAGUCUGAGCUUCUCGAGGCCGUAUUGGCCACGAUCUCUUUCUCUGUGAACCCCAACGAGGCCAAUAAUGUCAACGAUGGCCUAGGAUUUGUAGACAAAAACAAUUUCAUACUUGGUCUUCGCACAUCCGUCCCCCUCAGCAGUCCCGAGAGUCGCGUGUUUUGGAGAAAGGAUCGCCGUAUGGCGCUAUACCAUAAUUCCGUCGCGAAGACUAAUGUACACGACGUCAGUUCCGACGGUGAUACUCUGCAGGCCUUCCUCGCCCGGGCAAAAUCUGACCCGUAUAUAUUGAGGGCCGGGGAAAGCGCUAGCCUGUUGGCAAGAGAAAUCGGGAAUAAGCUGUUCAACUUCUUGCUCAAGACGGGCGAGGACUUGAAUACUUCGCUGCCGCUGUCGCAGCUGGGCAUGGACUCAUUGGUGGGUGUGGAGAUGCGCAGCUGGUGGAGACAGGCGUUCGGCUUUGAUAUUACCGUAUUGGAGAUGAUGGGGAUGGGGAAUUUGGAAGGGUUGGGGAAACAUGCGGCGGAGGGGCUCGCAAAGUUGCUGGGUAUCGAGUGA